UACACGAAGCAAAUAAAUAAUCUUCUAGAUGGUUUUUAUUUGUAGAAAAUUUGAUAAAUUUGGACAGUAAAUUAAAUGUGAGAGAUUAAACGAAAAAAAUCGAUUAUCCAAUUGAUCAAACAUUACCUUCAAUACUAUUAUCAAUAAAGUUGCUUAACCUGAUGUCUUUUUGAACACCAAUGACAUCACACGGAUGAGUUUAUGAAAGUAAAGCGAUUGCACUGCACGUUCAAAACAUGGCCGAACGUCGUGUUGGGCUCAAGCAACAGCAGCAGCGAAAAAUUUGGCGUUGAGUGUUGUGCGUUAAUUUUUUUUCUUGUUAAGUGAGUACAAAAUUGAUACGUAGAUAAUUAUCACGAAUCGAGCAACUAGCCGACUUUCUAGGUGAGGCUCACCACCAACAAUGAGCUCGAUACACUUUGUCGUCCAUCCCCUACCAGGGACGGACGACCAACUCAACGACAGGUUAAAAGAGGUAGCAGAAAAAAUCAAUAGAUAUGGUUUUAUCACUCCACCAGCCCUCAGUGGACUCAAAACAUCGAUUAAAAAAAUUGUUGUUGGACCAUCACACAUUGGACUACUCCUUGAUGACAACAGAAUUUGCCGUGUUGCUUUCACAGUUCUUUAUGAUAGAUUAGAUUUACGAAAAAAUGAACCAAAUAGAAAUACCAGUAAAAGUCACGUUGGCAGCUCAUCAGCAGCAUCUGCAGGAGGCACCGGUACCAGUGGUACAAGUGGUAGUGGUAGUGGUGGUGGUGCCAGCGGUGGUGGAGGUGGUAGUAACAGCGGCGGCGGAGGCGGUAGUAGUCGUGCCGGCAUCACACGCUCGCGUGCUCGUCUCAUGCGUAACAAUGCCAUUCGUGGUAGUGCGAGUGCAAGCGGAAACGCCAGCAGUGGUAGUGGACGAAUUGGACCACCUGGUGUUAUUAUGGGUGGAAGUAGUGGUAGUUCAAGACCUAUUGUCUCAGUACCUGCACCAUUUGUACCCGAAGACCUUAUCUCACAGGCACAAGUUGUACUACAAGGCAAAAGCCGCAAUUUAAUAAUGCGCGAGCUGCAACGCACAAACCUUGACGUGAAUCUUGCAGUAAACAAUCUGCUGUCAAGAGAUGAUGAAGAAGGUGAUGAUGCUGAAGAUGCCGCUGACAAUUACGUACCGGAAGAUCUCAUAUCACUACUAGACGGAGGAUUUAACAACGAGCACUCGGUGAUUAUCGAUGCUGCCGAUUCUAUGUUCUCUGAGGAUGUUUUUGGCUAUCCGGGUAUAAGGAGUCGCAGCAGUUCGUCACGACGAUUGACCAACGACCGAGACAGCGAAAGAUCAUCGGAGCGCGAUCGAGAUCGCGAUAGUUUCAGUCGUUGGCGCGAUCGUCAAUAUUAUGGGCCCAGACGUUGGCUUGAAACUGCUUUGAAAGAUUCUUGGGAAAAAGAUCCAGAUAUCAAAAAGAAAGAAUUAGCAUCACAAAGUCCCUUGUGGAUUUCGGAAGAACUCGAAUGGUGGAAUGAACGCAUAGAACAAGCACCUCGAUUUGUUCAAAUGGCAGCCCUUUACAGUGAAUUAAUAGCAAUAUCAUCAACGGGUCAAUUGUAUCAAUGGCGAUGGUCUGAUUCGGAGCCUUACAAACAUCCUGACAAUGCAAGUAUUCAUCACCCAAAAGCAAUUCCAUUGAACUUAGUUGGCGAGAAGAUAUUAAACAUAUCUGCCACUGCGAUUCGUUGUACAGUGAGUACUGAGACUGGCAAAGUAGCAACUUGGCUGGAUGAACAGUUGGGUAACGUUGCCUCAAGACUAGAGCACUCAGCACAAGCAUUCACUGAAUUUCAACUAGAUAAAAUUGUUUCAUUGCAUACAUGCUCACUUUAUACUGUCGCUCGACUUGAAACUGGUGCAUUGUACUGGUGGGGUGUUUUGCCUUUUGCACAAAGAAUAAAACUGUGGGAAAAGUACAAAGCAAAAUCUAGGAAGCAUCGACCAUCCACAGUAGUUACAUCUGAUAUAGCUUAUGGUAGCCAUGUAUGCAUGAAAAAUAGUCCAAUUUAUCAAUCUGGAGCAAUAGGUUUUACAAUAGCAAAUGGCGUACCAAAGGUAGGCCAGCUGCUAUCAGCAGUGUGGAAUCUUGACGCAGUGUGUCGAUUUAAAAUCCUUCCGGCAGGAGCUUUACCACCCAAUAUAACAACGGACAAAAGAGAGACAAACAGUAAUGGAUCAUCUAGUACCAGCAGUAAGACCAGUCACAAAGAAACUGCCGACAGAAUUGACAUGCCACCACCACCGUCACCUGCGUCUAGUACUUGCAGUGAUACGGGUAGUAUAACUACUAGCCACAAACGUCAAAAACGUAUGGCACCAAAAAGCGAAAACGAGCCAGAUCGCAAGGACGAAGAAGAUUGGCACUUAAAAGACGUGGUAUUUGUCGAAGACGUGAAGACACUUCCAAUAGGAAAAGUAAUCAAGGUUGACGGCUGUUACGUAGCAGUAAAAUUCUUCUCAAAAGAUGUGAAAGAAAAGGAGAAAGACAAAGAUUCAGAUACCGUGGCCGAAGAACCGACGAAACUCCUGGCUGAUUGUAGACUUCUUAGAAAAGACGAAUUAGUUGUAAUAAAGUCUUCAAUGAGUUCUCGAGCACCAGACUGUUUCCAGCGCACUCCGCGUCGCGUGAACAUCGUCGAGGGUACAAACGAAAAUCUUUUAACGAUAUCUACUGACGGCCAAGGUAUCCAUGCGAUCCUGCGCAGUGGAAGUAAAUUAAGCUACGUGAUUUACAAUAUCAGCACUGGACGGUAUGUUCAGGACUGUUACAUUCCAUCCGAUAUCUCAUCGUUCCUAGGCCUACAACCGCAAAACGUUAGCCUCACUAGUGCUGGAGAGAGUAAUGAAUGUUCAAUGUUACUGCGCGACGGCAACAAUACAAUAUAUCCACUAGCAAAAGACUGCGCUGAUGCGAUACGUGAUCCCAAUUGGCUUGACCUUGUGCCCGUAUUAUGCAUUGGUGCCUCCACCAUUCCAAUACCAAGUAUUCCUGCUAUGAACCUUAAGAGCCAAGUAGCUGUCAUUGCUUUUGCCUUCGAUAAUCUACUGCUUAUGCCUAGAAUUUUGAGAUGCGAUUAUGAUGGCGUUAAACAGAUCUUUGCUAAUUUGGAACAAGAUUUAAAAACAAAUACAUUACAAAUGCAAUCAAUCCUCAACGAGCGUUGUGAUGGUAAUCGUAAUAUUCUUCAUGCAUGUAUCAGUAUGUGCGCACCAACAUCCAAUAAAGAGAAUGAACAAGCAGGUAUAGAACAUGAAUUAGUGACGAAUACUGUAGAUGCCAGUUCUGCUCCGAUUGAAGAGCCGAUUCCAACUCUAAGCUGGCCUCCUGAAGCUUUCGACAAUACGUCUGGAGAAGAAGAUUCCUUGCUUGGCAUUGGAGCUAGUAGCAUCUCGAUGAUGAAUAAAAGUGGUUCAGCUGCAAAUAACACCUAUAUUAUAGACUUAGUUGAGAGACGUAAUAAUGCCUUACUAAUAUUGAAAUAUAUGUGUGAGAGUACAGUCUUAGCUCCUCAUCUCAAAGAAUUACUGUCUGCGAGAGACGCACAAAGCCAAACCCCAUUGAUGCUGUCAGUAUCAGUACGCGCUUAUCACGCGGCCCUAAUAAUUCUGGACACUAUUCAGCGUGUAGGCCGAGAUGCUAAAGAUUGUUCGUCAAUGAUUCUUCCAACAGACGCAAGUCCCGACUUAUCACCGCUUUUUGUCACAUGUUGUAACGACACUUGCAGUUUUACUUGGACAGGCGCAGACCACAUAAAUCAAGAUAUUUUUGAAUGUCGCACGUGCGGAUUAACCGGCUCUUUAUGUUGCUGCACAGAAUGCGCACGAGUUUGUCAUCGUGGUCACGAUUGCAAGUUAAAAAUUACGUCGCCAACAGCUUAUUGCGAUUGUUGGGAGAAAUGUAAAUGUAAAGCUCUUAUCUCAGGCCGACAAACCGCGAGAUACGAUCUUUUAUGUCGAUUAAUUACUAGCACAGAUUUAGCGACAAAAAUUAACUCUAGAGGAGAAUCAAUUUUAUUAUUUCUCGUACAAACAGUCGGCAGGCAAUCAAUUGAACAGAGACAAUUCCGUUCGGCACCAAGGCAACGUUCAACUUCGGCUAAUCGCAAAAAUCCAUCGUCAGAUGGUAUAGGAGCUGAUUCCGACAUGCCUGAUCAUGAUCUUGAGCCACCGAGAUUCAGUCGUCGUGCUUUGGAGAGAUUGUUGAACGAUUGGCCGGCAGUACAAUGUACCAUCAUGUCUGGAGUACAUGAGAAUUCAAAUGACCAAUUAUUCGGAGAUGAAGGUCAAGCUUGCAAGCAAAGUGGCACUGCUUUGUUGGAUAAAUUCACGCAUUCGCUGUUGGUUAAAUGUAGCGCUGAAAUGUUGGAUACUCUGUUGACUACUUUGAUUAGAGAGCUACAGAAUGAGAAUGUGCCUGGUAGACAAGAAGAGGCUAUCACAGUUGCUAGGAGGUUCGUUAGAUCUGUUGCAAGGAUUUUUGUUAUUUUCACUAUUGAAAUGGCGCCUAAUACCACGAAGAGAAGAAGCGCUAGCCAAGCAUCACAACCGUUGAUGAAAUGCCGCAGAAUAUUCCAAGCUCUGAUCAAACUAGCAGUAGAAGAACUUUGCGAAACUGCCGAUUCCUUAAUUGCGCCAGUCCGCUUAGGAGUUGCUAGACCAACAGCUCCAUUCACUUUAACUAGCUCUGCUAUCGAAGUCAUUAACGGCUCGGAAGAGUUAUUUUCUAUCGAGCCUCUUAUUCCUCAUAGUGACUUAAAUCCACAAAAUCUCGAGUCAACUCUUCAAGCUGAACAAGGAAAUAAUAACAUAUCUAUUGCUAGAGAUGUGUCUGCUAUGGAUGAAACUGAGCCAGGCGAAGAAGUACCAAUGGAUUUGGAUGGUGACAUAAGCGAACACGAAGAGUCAUCAGCACCAGUAAAUGCUCAACCAUUAGGUGAAGUCGACGCUAGUGCAGUUGUUGGAGAAGAACCAGCUGGCGAUGGCGAGUCUGACACUGAAUUAGAUUUAUUAGUUGAAGCAGAAACAGAAUCUGAUUCAGAUGACAACCACAGCAAUCAAGAUGCUGCAUCAGCUCAACGUAGUGUUCAAACAGGUGCUACUGCUGGUUCCGAUGGUGGUAUGAAUUCGAUUUUGUUGUAUCCUGAAGAUGAGUCUGGAGAAUCUAGCCAACAAGAAGACGAUGAAAGUGAAGCCGGCGAGACUGAUGAACAAGAUACUGAGGAAUUCCAAAUUGGGGAUGAACAACUUGAACGACGAAGCUCGUCGACCUCAACCAUGUUAAACUCACGUUCCAGUGGCUCGACGGGACAUUCAAACCGCAACAAUCUGGCACCAAUGUCAAUGCAAUGGGCAAUCCGUAAUCGCGAGUCAGUUACACGUGCAACCGGUCUUCGUGUCACCGGUAGUAGUAAUCUCGUAUUCAUCGAUCCAUCAUCACUACGACGAUCGACAACAACAUCAGCCGUGGCUGCUGGUCAAGAACCGAUUACAAUGGGUACCACUGCUAGUUGUCUUGCUCGGGCUUUUGGUAUUGUUAUUCGACAGAUCGCCGAUUUACUCACCAUGAUGCAAGAUUACAAGAUGGUCGCACCCCCAUUACCGAGGACUUUGGAAAUUGGUUUCUUGGAUGCCUUCAACUUACAGAUGUACUUGGAAGCACAUUUAAAACCAACUUGGGAUUGGUUGAUAACCGUGAUGGAUGCAACUGAAGCUCAAUUACGUUUCGGCGUAUCCUUGACCCGUAGCGCAGAUCCUACACACCCAGAACAUCCAUUAAAUAGUGCACCAUCACUCUCAGGUGGUAACUUCACUGGUCUUCUCAAUUCUGCAGCACUAUCUUUAUCGCUUCAAGGCAAUACAGGACGUAGCGCACGCACUGGAAUAUCUAGUGGUAGUGGCACUGGUAGUAAUAUAUCAACAACUCAGAAUCCAUCACGGGUCACCGUUGGAUUUUCCGGUAUCAGCGAGGCAUCGCGCAGCGGUAGAGAACGUGAGGGUGGUGAUGGACACUCGGCAAGGAGAGAAUUUUUGUCAUAUUGCUUAUCCUUGAUGAGAGCGCACAAUGCUGAGCACAGAGAUAGCUUGCCAGUACUAGAUGUUUCAGCGUUGAGACACGUGGCUUAUGUGUUCGAUGCUUUGGUUUAUUAUAUGAGGUCACUUUCAGAACCAAUUUCAUCAAGGGGAGAGACUUCACAUAAAGAACCUGCUGAUCCCACUUGGAAUGAUCAGGAUGAAAAUGAUAAUGAGGAAGGUGAAGAAGAUAAUAUACACACGAGCAAUACUAUGGAAACAGAUUCAGUCGAUUACCCUGACCUUCUAAACAUCCCAGGCAUAUCGAGUAACGCCACGUCAACACCUGCACCUAACAACACUAUGUCAUCUAAUUCAUCAGGGAAAGGCCGCAAGCAUCCAUUUCUCCAACGUUCGGAUUCUACGUUAUGCUUAGGUUGUCCAGCACUCGAUCCAUUCGACACAGCAAUGUCUGAAGCUCUACCACUUGCGGACCAACCUCAUUUACUGCAACCACACUCACGACGAGAAGAUUUAUUUGGUGUACCUCGACAUUCACCUGGUGGAUCUAGUAUUGAUGGUUUACCCACACGAUUGGGUUUGUCUACGAGAAAUGUCGAGGGACAGUUGAAUUCUAGCCUUAUGUUCGGUUAUACUGCCGAUCAGGCUAAAAGUAAUGAAAGGAGAGGUAAUGGUGCUGGAACUAGUGUAGAACCGAGUAAAUAUCAAGACAAACAAAAAGCUUUGACACAACAAACAGCUGAGCCACAACCAGUAGCUGCAGUUGUAGAGCAACAAACUGAUAGAGCUCCGAUCAUCGUUUCGCCAAACAAUCAAUUAAUGGACACAGAAACUAUCAGUACUGUACAAAAAUCAAACAAGGUCGAGCGUAGUGUGAUCGUUCGCGCCGGAAGCAGUAGCGCCUGUGCCCAAGACUCACAGAAUAAUGUAAAUAAACAACCGACUGUUGUAGCUACGGAGGUGCUGGUAACCGCCGUAACAACCGAAUCUUCAGUGGUCACAGCAAACGAGGAAAUUGUUGAUUUGGCAAUUUCACAAGACGUACAAGAUUCAGUUGAGGCGAGUCAACCACAGCAACAGCAGUCUAUAGUAUCAACAGCACCAGUGAGGGUACCAAUCUCAACAAUCGGUGCUAAAAUUUCGCAUAAUAUUUUGCUGGGUAGAUGGCGACUUUCUCUUGAUUUAUUUGGUCGCGUGUUCAUGGAAGAUGUUGGCUUAGAGCAAGGAAGUAUCGUCUCAGAAUUGGGAGGAUUUCCAGUGAAAGAAGCUAAAUUUAGGAGGGAUAUGGAGAAAUUAAGGAAUUCACAGCAGAAAGACAUCACAUUGUCAAAGGUUGAACGGGAUAGAACUCAACUCCUCGUUCAAACGAUGAAGGAAUUGAAUACGCAGUAUAACUUAUACAACAGACGAGCAUCAAACACACCACCGUUAGCGGUAAAUCGUGUUAAAGUCACAUUCAAAGACGAACCUGGUGAGGGUUCAGGUGUAGCAAGAAGUUUUUAUACAGCGGUAGCAGAAGCGCUCUUAGCUAAUGAGAAACUACCGAAUUUAGAAGCAGCACAAGUAGGUUCUAAAUACACACAGUACAACGUUCUGCAGAAACUUAAGAUUAAGGAUCGUGAUCGUGAUCUUCGAAGACAAAAUUCCCGUUCAUCCGGAAAAUGCCGAGAAUCCCGUCGCGCCUUAUCUUUCGAAGCGCGUUCAUUCCAUCCGUCAACAUCACUCGAAGGUUCAUCAUCAUCAUCUGGCAAUGCAUCAUCAUCGCAUCCAUCAUCAUUCGGGCAUGCAAACAACGAUCAUUUGACGAUGCAUCAGCAACAACUUGGUGAUAGAUUGUAUCCAAAAGUCUAUGCUUUGCGACCGACACAUGCCGAGAAAAUAACAGGCAUGUUACUCGAGAUGAACCCAGCGCAGCUGUUAAUGUUGCUCGCGUCGGAGGAGUCUCUAAGGCAAAAGGUCGAGGAGGCCUUUGAAUUAAUUCAUAGUCACAAUCAGGACCUUGCUAGCGAAGCACUUCUCGAUCUCGAUGUAUUUAGUCUUACUGAACGAUGUGGUGCUAAGAAAAAGAAUCAACUUGAAAAUGCAAUAAUCGACGACACAGAAGACAACGCACCAUUAUUCUAUUCACCAGGAAAACGCGGCUUCUACACUCCAAGACAGGGUAGAGGUAGUUAUGAGAGACUCAAUGCCUUUAGAAACGUUGGACGUCUUAUUGGUCUGUGCCUACUUCAAAACGAGUUGUGCCCUAUAUUUUUGAAUCGGCACGUAUUGAAAUACAUACUAGCCAGGCCGGUAAGGUUCCACGACCUUGCAUUCUUCGAUCCCGUCAUCUACGAGAGUUUACGACAGUUGGUUAUUGAUGCGGAAACUAAGGAUUCUAGUAAUUUGUUCCAAUUAGAUCUUACUUUUAGCAUUGAUCUGUGUCCUGAAGAAGGCGGUGGUUCAAUUGAACUGGUACCAACAGGUCGUGACAUAGAAGUGACAUCAAACAACGUAUACGACUACGUGCGUAAAUACGCCGAAGUGCGUAUGAUUAAAGUUCAAGAAAAAGCACUUGAGGCCAUCCGAGAAGGUGUCUUCGAUGUACUACCUGAAGGUGCACUCGAUGGACUUACUUCUGAAGAUUUGCGUUUACUUCUCAAUGGAGUUGGUGACAUCAAUGUUACGGUACUCAUCUCGUAUACGUCGUUUAAUGACGAAUCUGGUGAAUCGACCGACCGCCUUGUAAAAUUCAAACGCUGGCUUUGGUCCAUCGUCGAAAAAAUGUCACAUGUUGAGAGACAGGAUUUGGUAUACUUUUGGACGGGUUCUCCAGCAUUGCCAGCAAGCGAAGAUGGUUUUCAGCCGAUGCCAAGUGUAACAAUUCGACCAGCAGACGACGCCCAUUUACCAACCGCCAACACCUGUAUAUCCCGUUUAUACGUGCCGCUGUACAGUUCGCGUCACGUCUUACGGCACAAACUGCUACUCGCGAUCAAGACCAAGAAUUUCGGUUUUGUUUGAACGAUCUAUAUCCUAAAUUAUAGUAUACACACACGCGGCAAUUGGAUACUUGCUUUCUUACACGUUACCCUCGAUGCUAGUACAAACGUGUCACGCGCCAUUUUAACAAUAAAUUAACCGGAAUAACGAUAAGAAAAGCAUUUUUUAACGCGAUGUUGUAAUGGAAUAUUGUAAAAAAAUGAAAAAAAGACGAUAGUGAAGAAAGAAAAGUUUCUUAGCGCUAUUCCAAGCAUUUUAGGUUAAUAAAGCAAAGGGUGCUGUGACUAGAACUCGUUUCGUUUUUUAACUUGUUUUUAAUUGGGCCGUCGAAGCGUUAUUAAAGGACUCGAGGGUAACGCUGCAUAUAGCAAGUUUUCCGAUUUCAUCUCCCUUCCUCUUUUCGCCUUUUGAACGAAUAUCGUGAAUGGAAUUAGAUGAUUGAAAUGGUUACGUGUUGUUAUAUCUUAUUUUCUUUAUCUCUAUGUCUACUCUCUUCCCCCUUCUCCCUCUGUCUUUCCUUCUCCUAUCUCUCUCUCUCUCUCUCUAUCUUUUUCUUCUAACUUUCUUCCUAGGAAAAAAGUUUAUAACAUUUAUAAAUUUAUAAGGUGUAAUUAUGCUCUAUGAAACAGCCGUUAUGCGAUGUACGGUGUUGUCGCUUCGCUCGUCUUGAUUAUUAAGGUUUAAGUUUAUCAUCAAGGAAAAAAAGUGUCAUAUAUAGCCUUUAUAUAGUGAAUCCCCGAUAUUUAAAAUAAAACUUUCGCUGAAAAUCAAAUAACGGAUUUAUUGCAAACAAAGAUCCAAACAAAACACGAGUAUCAGUUGUUUUUCUCUCACGUUUUCUUUUUGUUUUUUUCCCUAUUAUAUUUAAUCCGCUUUGAGUAAUUGAUGGAAUAUUGCUCAUUGCAGAAGUUGGGAAAAAAAUUGUUUUCUUUUGUUAUUACUAUCAAAUGUUUCUGAGAUAUCAACAAGCCUGCAAUAAAUGAUAAAAUUGUUAUAAAAAUAUUUGAUUUUAAAAAACAUACGUAGUGUUUUUUUUAGAACUACAUAUGCUGCAACAUAAUAUGCUAUUUUACAAUGACUAUGAAAAAAAAAGAAAUUAUUUUUGUUUUUUUUUUUUAUCCAGAAACAUUUUACUCAUCGUCAUCUCAUUUAUUUAACCGUACGAGAUUAAAGAGUAUGACAGCAUAUUUGUUAAAUUAAUUGUAAUUAACUAGGUGCAUAUAAACUUUCUUCAUAGACGUAAAUCCCAAAUUUAUGUUAAGCUAGGGGUGAGAAAAAUUUAUAAAAAUCAAUGGAAAUAAAGAGAAACUUGAUUUUUACAAUUAAAAAUUUCUUUUUAUUAGGCGUGUAAUAAUUGUAACAUAAGUCGUUGACAAGAAUGCGAAAUUUUGUUUUUCUUCGUCGAAAAAUGUUUCGCGCAUAUACAUAUUAAAGGGGCAGAUAAGCGUUUGCUCACGCAUCGAUAAUUUUUUUUCUUAUGUUACGCACCACCUUAGACAAAAAAACAAAAAAAUACGGAAUCGUACUACACAAGCGAGGUGUAGAAAAUCGUUAAACUGGAAUUCCAAAUAAAUGCACGACGAAACUAAAAAAAAGGAAGAACCAAUUUUGAAUACGUAUUAAUAAAAAAACCA